AUGGACAGCUAUCCACUGAGUCAGAUUCAUGUCAUACAGCAGUUAGAGCCUACGUGCUACGAGUAUGGCAAAUUAGGACACCGGCGUGCACAAUGCAAUAACGAGCAGGGAAGAUCAAAGUUAAACAUAGGACGUAGGCAAGUCUUACCUCUUGUGCCUAAGGGAGGGUACAUGGUCUCGUUCGACUUUAAGUCGGGUUACCAUCAUGUGAAAAUGCAUCCCAAUUUCACCAGUUUUCUUGGUUUAAGUGGCGGGGAAAAGUCUUACAAAUUUUUAGACCUGCCUUUCGAUUUAAGCCCGGCGCCAUUCAUCUUCACUAAACUAUUCAGACCCCUCCUAAAGAAAUGGAGAGAGGCAGGUAUUGAAGUAGCCUUAUAUUUAGAUGAUGGCCUCAUUUGGGCAAGUUCCGCACAGCUAUGCGAAGAAUCCGUGAGGAUUGUUAGAGAAGAUUUGAAGUUAGCAGGUGUCACCAUGGCGAACGCUGUCGGACCCGGACCAAAGCAUUUCGUGGUUGGGACACGUCUGUGGGGCAGUAGAGGCCCGUCUCUGUUAGACAGAUUGAAGCGGUUAGGCUAUAUUGCGUCAUUGCAUCUGAUAAUUCCUCCAGAUUUGAAUAAGAGAUGGCGUCACAUGAUGACCGAAGUAGCAGCUAAGCAAUCCAGAAGUACGGCCUUGUCGUUUCGUUGGAAUUUAUCAGUCGAAGAGAAAAGUGUGUUUGCUAGCCGGAAGAAGUUUGACUAUUCCUUAUCGGAAAUUUCCAUACAGAUACCCUGGAUACCCUUGAGCCCACCACGCCUCGGACUCCGGGUCAGGGGCGAUUUUGUACGUGGAGCACGUUUCGAAACCACAACAGCAGCCACUCUUCCAUUGGCGCUACAAGGAGAAUCGUCUACGGCGAGAGAAGUGUUUGCUAUUUUAGCCAGCGCAAAAGCCUUCGGCAGGCUUUUAGGUCUCCAAAACUGCAUCUGGUACUCGGAUAGCCAGUGCGCAAGUCUAGCUCUUCGGAUCUGGGAUUUCUGCAAUGCCCUGCACGCUAACAUAGACUUCGUGUGGAUUCCUAGGGCCCUUAACGGCGAAACAGAUCUUGCCUUCUAA